AUGAUGUCGUCGUCUGACCUUCCGUCUACAUCUGCUUCUGUUUCACGUAUAGCCGCAAGACGCAGUUCUGCGGAUCUUAGCCAGGAGACACCGGAAGCAGCAGACCCUCUCGCCCAUAUGCAUAUGCACAGGACUCGCGUACGUACUGCUGCUAGGCGUACUUCCGCAGUUGAGCGUGUUCGCCUUCGCCGCAGCCAGACACCGGAGGAAGAAAGAGGACGUCUUGUUGCCACACGUGUUCCCAACUGUGACCAUCGCCAACGUCCAUCGGCUAACGCUCAUGAGGUGCCGCCUGUCACUGAGCACUACCUCGGUUAA